AUGGACGACAAAGUCUUGCCUACCGUUUCCAGGACGGAACUGACAGCGAUUAUCCAUAGGCUGGAAGCUGCCACCUCCAGGUUGGAAGACAUGGCAACGUCCUCAAUCGAAGCACCAAAACUGAAUGGCACUGCCCCUACACCUGCGCCGACAGGUCCCCUCCCUCCUCCUCCUACCAUCAGCCAGACCCCACCACAACCGCCAAAACCAGUGCAAGCACUGCUCCCAGAAGUGGUGGAAGAUUUUGAUACAUUCCUCGCCGGCACUGUUAAGAAAUUCGUGAACCUGAGUGAUGAAAUGGGAGGGGCAAUUGCUGAGCAGGCAUCGGGCGUGCUACGUGCCUUUACUGCGCAACGGAAAUUUAUCUUCAUAACUACGAAAGCAAAGAAACCUGACCAGUCCAGUUCGCAGUUCUUGCAAAUGUGGAAGCCCAUCCAAGAAGCCGCCACGUCCGUCGGCGACCUUCGAGAUGCGAAUCGGGGAAAGCCUACCUACAAUCAGCUCAGCGCAGUGGGCGAGAGUAUUACAGUGCUUGCUUGGGUGAUAGUGGACCCAAAGCCUGUGAAGCAUGUAGAGGAAUAUUUGGACCAGGCCAAGUUUUGGGGCAAUCGAGUAUUGAAGGAAUACAAGGACAACAGGGACCCCAAGCAAGUGGAAUGGAUACAAGCAUACUAUCAAAUCUUCAAGGACUUGAUCGAAUACAUCCAACAUGCCUUUCCUCAAGGAAUCCCUUGGAAUCCUAAGGGGGUCUCAGUGGAAGAAGCAGUCAAAUCCGUGUCAGAAGCACCACCAAGCUCUCCUACACCACCAGCCGCAGGUGCUGGAGCACCUCCGCCACCCCCUCCUCCUCCAGGACCUCCGCCACCACCUAUGAGAUUCGAUGAGCCCAAAGCUGCCCCCGUGACAGAUAGUGGACUAGGCGCGGUCUUCAGUGAGCUGAACAAGGGAGAAGCUGUUACGAAGGGUCUCCGGAAAGUCAACGCCGACCAAAUGACACACAAGAAUCCGUCAUUGCGAGCUGGAGCUACGGUACCGACUCGAAGUGACAGUCAAUCUAGCGUUUCUUCGAUAUCUCGCGGAAAAAGCCCUGCACCUGGCAAGAAGCCAAAGCCAGAAAGCAUGAGGACUAAGAAGCCUCCUGUGAAGAAACUGGAUGGCAAUAAAUGGAUCAUCGAAAAUUUCGAGAACGAAACUGAACCCAUUGAAAUCGAAGCCUCAAUAUCCCACUCCAUUCUUAUCACCAAAUGUAGCAAAACAGUCAUCAUCGUAAAAGGCAAAGCAAACGCUAUAUCCAUCGACAACUCCCCCCGCCUCUCCCUCGUCAUCGACUCCCUCGUCUCCUCAGUCGACGUUAUCAAAUCUGCCAACUUUGCUCUGCAAGUCAUGGGCACGCUCCCCACUAUCCUCAUGGACUCUGUAGAUGGAGCUCAAGUUUACCUUGGGAAAGAUAGCAUGAGCACUGAAGUGUUUACCAGUAAGUGCUCGGGGAUUAAUCUGAAUAUCUUUGGCGGCGAGGAUGAGGAUUAUAAGGAGGUGCCGUUGCCGGAGCAGCUUCGCACAAUUAUUGGGGCUGGUGGCAAGGUCAUUAGUGAGAUUGUUGAGCAUGCUGGUUAA